AUGAGCUGCUCGAUGUGUGAAAAGAGUUUCAUGGAUGGGCGCAGAGGCUACUCGCUUUGGCAAAAUGGGCUUAUUGUUCUUGUGCUUCUCAUAAUGGCUUCUUUCACUGUGAAUCCCAUACAUUUCCUCUCUGCGCACCUCCGGCAAACAUUUUCUGCGCGUAUUCCGCCACCUCAUAUCAAAGCGGCUCACCAACAGUGCCAAUUCUCCAGGGCACCGGCGGGACCCCCGCCUCAUUUCUCCGAGCGCACUCAAAAUGACCGUUUCGCCCUCGGCACACGGGCCACAGUAAUACGCAAUGCGACUGUGUUCGACGGACAUAACAUGUUUGUUGGGAAGGAUGUAUUUGUCGAUCAAGGCCUGAUUGUCUCGCUGGAGUCAACUAUGGCGCAAAUCGCUGCACCAUCUGAUGCCGUCGAGGUAGAGGCAUGGGGCCGAUGGCUGACGCCAGGUAUUAUCGACAUGCAUACACACCUGGGUGUGCAGGGUAUGCCAGAUCUUCCCACACAUUCUGAUACCAAUUCAAAUUUGAGUCCUGUGCGUCCUAUGGUUCGUAGUGUGGAUGGAUUGAAUGAACAUGACAUCUCACUACGAACCACGCUUGCCGGUGGCGUCACGUCUGCCUUAGUCCUCCCUGGCUCGCUAAACAAUAUCGGUGGACAUGCAUAUCCUAUCAAACUUGGUGAUUUGCACGGGCGUCCACCGUCAUCACGUCUGAUUGAUCCCCCACGCGCCCUCACCAUCCUAGGUGAGGCGGAUCAUGGACGCGAUGGACUCUACUCAGCUGCUUCAGGCAUGAGGCGUCCUGAUGGAAGUACGUCAUUCAGGCAGAUAAAGAUGGCAUGCGGCGAGAAUGCACUUCAGUAUGGCUUGGUCAGACCUGAUGAGGCAUGGAAUUUUCGCUCAACUUUUGAACGUGCAGCAAAGCUGCGCGAAAAACAAGACGAUUUUUGCCAGCGUUUAGAUGAUGGCUUAUUGAAUAAUGCGCCGCCUGAAGAGUCUCAUUUUCCAAAUGAUCUCGAGCUAGAUAUACUGGUCGAUGUACUGCGUGGCCGCACCAAGGUUCAUACGCAUUGUUACACCAUGAACGAUCUUGAUGCCCUAGUGCGCCAUGCUAACGAAUUUGCUUUUUCCAUUGCUGCUUUUCACCAUGCUCAUGAAACGUACCUUGUACCAUCUACCCUGCAUGCUGCACCGGGCAGGCCGCCGGCUGCAGCCAUCUUUUCGACAAAUGCCUAUUACAAAUAUGAGUCCUACUUCGGCACGCCUUUUUUGGCGGAAUUACUCCAAUCCCACAAUAUCACGCCUAUAUUCAAAAGUGAUCACCCUGUGACGGAUUCGCGGCGUUUAGUUAACCAGGCCGCCCAGGCACAUCACUUUGGACUGGAUGAACUCGAGGCAUUGAAGAGCGUCACAUCACAUCCUGCGCGUGUGUUGGGUCUGGAUCAUCGUAUUGGGCGUAUAGCACGUGGAUAUGAUGCGGACUUAGUGCUAUGGGACCGCCAUCCGCUGCAACUAGGUGCGACGCCUGUGGCGGUGUACGUCGAUGGCGUAUCUCAACUUGGCAAAGCGUAUGCUUCUGGUGGAGAAGCACUCAAGACAAGAGACGCGCCGCCGUCUGCUGACUACUCUCACGAGUUUCAGCGCGUGCGCAAUGAAAGCGAUGCCAUUGCAUCCGGACGUGCUCGUGCAUUUCCUGAACCUAUAUUCGAAGCUUCCGCGGUGGUGCUCCGGAAUGUUUCACGCGUGUUCCAGCGAGCCAACGAUUCAAUCCACGUUCUAAAUCUUGUUUCAGACGGCACACUUGUGUAUGCCAAUGGGCGCGUUACAUGUGUGGAUGCCUAUCACGUAUGCCAUGAUCAGGUCCCGCCUCAUGCAUUAAGCGUCCACUUACACGGUGGCACUGUGUUGCCUGGCCUGACUUCGUACGGAAGUACCCUAGGCCUCUCCGAUGUCCCAAGUGAAUCAAGUGCCUCUAAUGGCCAAGAUCCCUCUUUGCUGACUCGUCAUCUCUACUUGGAUACGAAGCGCCUAGUGCCCCGUGCCGAAGACGGUCUUAUAUUCGGUGGCCAUGCGCUGCGUCGUGCUCAUGCCUCGGGAGUAACGACAGCCGUCAAUGUGCCUGCCACAAUCGGCAUGUUUGGUGGCGUAUCGACCCAUUUCGAUACUGGUGCUCGUACUGUGCUUGAUGCACACAGCGUGCGUACGUCCGAAGUGGCUUUGCAUGUGCGUCUAGCGUAUCCCAUCGACGAUCAUGAACCCUCUCUCGCGACGCAACUGGCUCUUCUUCGCUCUUUGCUACGCAAUCCGCCACCUGGGAGUGUUGAGUGGCACCGCGUAUCCCGUGGCGAAUGGCCUUUGGUCGUCAAGACAAAUGCCCAAGACACGGUAGCUAAGCUCAUCCUUCUCAAGCGCGCUUUUCCUCAAGUGCAUCUGAUCAUCGACUCAGCGGGAGCUCUACACGAGGUGGCGAAGGAUUUGGCUGAGGCGCAUAUUCCCGUAAUUGUCCCUGCCAAGGUGUGGGAGUAUGGAUGGGAGCAGCGUGGUCGUAAGGAAGGCCCGCCUUUGACAGCCGACACGGAGCUGGGCGUGCUACUCCGACACGGCGUAGAGGUGGGCGUCCGGGUACAGGAAGCAUGGGAAGCUGCCAAUCUGCUAUGGGAGACGGCUUGGGCCGCUCAAGAAGCGCAUGUAUCCGAUGCUACAACCAUCUUAGCUCUCGUCACGACCAACCUAGAACGCAUGCUUCAUCUGCAUGUUCCUUCGGAUGUGGCUAAUUUCGUGGCCUUUGAUCGUGAUCCAUUCACAUAUGGCGCCAAGGUCGUAGCUAUCGGCACUCCGCGCUCAUGCGAGCUGUUCUCUGCUUCCUAA